UUAUUUUGACGUCUCGCGUGUUGAUGUUUUUUCUCUUACAAAAAUCGUGUUUUCUUCUUCGAAUACUUUUAUUGGAAAGAAUUAAUAAAAUGGCUGCUUCAGCUGAAUUUACAAAGUACGAUGAUGUGCUCACAUCGAUUUUGAUCAAUGAAAAAUCUAUUCUGGGAUUUCUUUCAGCUAUAUUCAACUUCUUAGCGCGACGUACGGACUUCUAUUAUGUGCCUGAAGGUGCCUACGAAAACAUGGGUUUUCCUCCUGGAGUAGCCGAAGAGCUUGUUAUGAAAGUUUUGCGAACUUGCGAUCCUAAGAACUGGAAAGGGCCCAACGGCGCCAAAAGACCUACGGAUGUGAACAACGAGAUUAUGUGCUCGACGGUAGCACAAGAAGUAGAGGUUGUAGCAGAGGAUGAUGAGAUAGAUGUUGGAAACUUGUCCAUAAAUCAAGCUGAAACUAUAGAACCUGAUCCUCAAAGUUCUACUGAAAGAACAGAAAUACCAAAAAGUAUUCCAGCUGCUGGAGAGGCGUCAAAAAAAGAAGAUAGUUCUAAAUGUGUCUCCCCUUGUGCACCACCUGUGAUACCAACACAGAAAAAUAGUGAAACAUAUAACGGUGCUGAGAGAGAUAAAUAUUCCUGGUCUCAAACUAUUAUGGAGCUUGAUGUGAUAGUAAAACUUCCUCCCACCGUAAAGUCAGCGAAGGAGCUCAAAGUAACAAUUAACAGUGGAGACAUCUGUGUAGCCUGCCGUAAUGGGGACAUCAUAAUAAAAGACACCUUGCCAUACAAGAUCAAGACCAUUGAUAGCUUCUGGACAUUGAGUGAAGGGCGACUUUUGAUACAUUUAGAAAAAGUCCAAGAGCGCUGGUGGAAUAAAAUUUUGAACAAUGAAGAGGCUAUUGAUCUAUCAAAAAUAGAUUGUUCUCGUCCAAUGGAUGAAUUGCCAGAAGACCAUAUUGCUAAGAUCCGAGAACUGCAGUGGAAUCAGGAACAGAAAUAUAAAGGACUCCCUACAAGUGAUGAACUUCGCAACAUUGAUAUUUUGAAAAAGGCAUGGAACGCAGAUGGCUCACCAUUCAAAGGAAAGGAAUUUGACCCCAGUGUGCUGAACCAAUCAAAUAUUGCAUCUAUUAGCAAACAGUAAAGUUGAAUCUUUUUAUAACUAUCUAUUUGAUUAUUAAAAUAUGAUAAUGAAAGAGAACUAGA